GAGAGAGGGUCACUCAAUAGUUUAAUUAAGUUAGGGGGGUCAGUGUGUUUGCAGAGAGGGGGGAGGACACAGUCACACAACUGAAUGCGAAGGAGACUGAAACAAUGGAAGGACUGGGGCUGUGUGUGAUCACCUUACUGAUAAGCAGUGCAUUUCAAAAGGCCCAUCCAGUGAGGGUGACAGUCAGAGAGACGAGUGUGCAGGUCCUGCGUGGAGACUCUGUUCUGCUGCCGUGCUCUUUCGUUACCAUGGCUACACUGUCCCGCCUCAAUAUCAUCUGGACCGUCACUCCGCUGUCUGAACCCAGCUCCCCUUCACAGGUGAUAGUGUAUGAUCGUGGUCAGGUGAUAGAGAGUCCCUCUCUGAUUGGCCGUGUCAGUUUUAGAUCUGUUCCGCUGAGUGCCGACAUCGUCCUCAACUCAACGCGCUUGUCUGACGCCGGGACGUAUCGCUGUGUAGUGAACAACCCUCCCGAACCCGGUGCGCCAGGGAUAGGGGAGCUGAGCCUAACUAUCCUCGCUCCCCCUUCCUCCCCUCUCUGUUUGUGGGAUGGCCAGGCAGAUGAGGGGGGCAGCAUCUCUCUGUCCUGCUCAGUGGAAGAGGGGGUCCCAGUACCGGAGCUGCACUGGGACAAACUGGAACCAGAUCAGAUCGCCCUGCCUGUGAACAAGGAGGGCUCUCUCAAAGGGACUGUCCGGAUUCUGAACAUUUCUGCGCAGAAUUCAGGACUCUAUCGCUGCACUGUGUCCAAUCCUCUGGGAACAGAGGCCUGCUCUGUGGCUCUCUCAGUCUACAGCAGUGAGUAUUCAAAGCAAGCCACGGUGCAGCAGGUAUUCUCCAGGCUGUCUCUCUCACUCUCUGCAUGGCUCUGGUUCUCCUGGCUCUGCUGGCUCUGGUCCUGUGGUUCCAUCGCUCGGGACAUGACAGGAAGUGGAGGGAAGAGGGGGAAGAAGAAGAGUGCUACAAUGAGAUCAGAGGCAACACUCUCUCCCAGUAAUCUCCUUGAACCCUCGGCCGGGAUCCUAUCUGUGCCAACAGGACAAGCUCUCCCUCCCCAUUUUUUUUUUACCACUGGACAUGAUGUCUGACCCCUCAGGAUCUACCCCCAUUCUUCAUGGUGUUAUGAGAACAUAAGAACAUUUACGAACGAGAGGAGGCCAUUCGGCCCAUCUAAGCUCGUCCGGCUCCUGAUCUCAGAACUCUGUUAAGUCGGUUCUUAAAGGAUCCAAGUGAUUCUGCUUCAAACAACAGGACUACUGUAGGUGGCCUAUUCCAUCCCCUCACCACUCUCUGUGUGAAGAUGUGUCUCCUUCCCUCUGUCCUAAGUCUAUCUCCACUUCAUUUUCCACAAAAUAUAAGUAGAACAGUCCAUGAUCUUGAACACCAGUGAGCUAUUAGGUCAACAAGAGUUUGUUUUCUGUUUGAUGGUUAUACAGUAGUAAUUACAAAAAAAUAAAAAUUAGAUGUAAUUAAAGGACGAACUUCAUGGAUUUAAUAUUUGUCCUUUUUUAAAUACACUUUUAGUAUCAUGUUUGUGUUUGUUCACCACUACAUACUAAUUUCAUUUUAAAUGUGAGUUUGCAGACUGCACUGACUGUCUCUGAUCGUUCACUCUGUUUCUGACUCUUCCCAAACAUGCUUUUCAUUCAGACCCUUCAAAUCUUUAAUCGGGUUGCAAAUAACUUGCUUCUUACUUUGUCCCUAAAUGUGUCUGUUAAUGUUUUCUUUGACAGCCAGUCAAUGUGUUGCUGCAUACAACAAGGGCAGUGAAUGUGCGACUGCAAGCAUCCCACAGGUCUAAAACGUGAUUGUGGCAAAGUGCCCCCCCUGUGUAUGUUAUAUGUUACGUGUUGUGUGUAAAUGUUGGUGUAUAGGCAUUGGUACACGGGAUAUAAGCGGUCUGUGUUUCACGUGUGUGUAAAUUGUAUAUUUGUAUUUAGGCACGGGGAUGGCACAUCACAUCACGUGCAAGUAAAAAGUAAUAUGUGAGCACGGGUAAUUGCACUUUAAUUAAUUCACGUGCAGUUGUACCGAGAUUCCAAUUGAAUGAUUGACUAGCAAUCGAAUCUCGGUACAACUGCAUAAAAGCUGCAUGUUUUCACUCACUGGGGGUUGGUGUUCGGUGAGUGGAGAACGGGUUAGGAGACGGAGGGUAUUGUAAAAGUAAUAAUAGUAAAAGAAGCUCACCGUGUUUGUCUGUGUAGUUCGUUUUGUUUGUCUGUUUAUUUUGGCUCAAGUGCCUUGUCCUGUGUUUUGUUGCAAGCCGUUUAUUUUCUGUAUUAAAUGCUGAGCGCAAUCACGCGCUCAGCU